AUGCUCUCUGCAGACAGCUCGCCAAAGUUCAGCCGAGCCCGCUCGGCUCCAUCCCGCCCUGCGUGCCAUGCAAAUCGAAGGUUCCUGCGCCUCUUUUUUCCAGCAUCGCUCGACCCCGAAAACCGUGGAGAGGGCGCGCUCGGUCCAACAGCCAGAACGACGCCUGCAGUCGCCGGCAGGGAAGAGUUGAUUGCCCUCGUUCCGACAAACACACGGUUCGACAUUCCACCCGUACGCUCAACACGAUCACCUCAGCGUCGCAGCCAGCAAGCGAGCAAGCACACAGCCAUGUCGUCUCAGUGGGAGAUCCGCUUUAGCAACUCGCGUCGACUGCCGUACUUCUACGACCCGGUGACGCAGCAGUCCACAUGGGAGAUCCCAGAGGGCCAUACGGACGAGUCGAUCCGAUCGCUUCCGGGCGCACAGUACCUCGACCCUGCCAAUGCCCCGGGCGCAACCGAGAAGCCCGACAAGGUGCGCGCCAGCCAUCUGCUCAUCAAGCAUGCUGGUUCCCGCAGACCCAGCUCUUGGAAAGAGGCCAACAUCACGCGCUCGAGGGAGGAUGCGAUUGAGCAGCUCAAGAAGUUUGAGCAUCAACUCAAGCAGGAUCCCGCCAAGGACAACUUUGCCUCGCUCGCCAGCGUGCACUCGGACUGCUCUUCCGCACGCGCGGGAGGUGAUCUGGGCUUCUUCCAGCGCGGCCAGAUGCAAAAGCCGUUCGAAGACGCCGCAUUCGGUCUCAAGGUGGGCGAGCUCAGCAGCAUCGUCGACACGGACAGCGGCGUCCAUCUCAUCUACCGCACUGCCUAA